ACAUAAUACACUAACACAAAGUGAGCAUGCACACCUGUCACGGGAUAAAAGGUAGAUACACACUGCCACACUGUUCAGGGUUACAUUUAAUAGUGCAAGGUUACAGUGCUCUGAUCUGUACUGUGAUUCACCCCCCCUGAAGCAUUUUAUUAGUCAUGUCCAUCUCGUUGCCAUUUUUAAGGUAGUCCGACUCCAACUCCAUGAACACGGUACAGUAGAUGACCCUGAGCUCAACGAGGUCGAACCUAGUGCUUAUUUUAAGAACAUUCAAUAUACAAUAUACAAUAUUUUAAUGUUCCUCACAUUGGAAAACGUUCAACAAUCAAACAAUUGAAGCAGCAUUUAACCAAAGUCCAAUUUUAGCUCAUGAUUGUUAAGAUAUCUAUAAAUAUCAAGCAGUCCUUUCCACCGCCGCUCUUCUCUGAGAUCGUAAUGGCCAAAAUUCAAUCAAAUUUAAUUAAAUUGAAUUUGUUUUUCCCUCUUGAGAUGAAAUACGUCAGCAUUUUUUUUUUUUUUUUUUAGAACGGGUAAUAAAAGCAGACAUGUUAAUAAUUUCCAUCCGUUUUUCAUUAAUGGAUGGCAAUCUUCUGCAUCCUGAAUUAGAGUGGCCUCCAAGUACAACACUGAGCCAGCCCGUGGAUUGUGUGCGAUGUACUGUAAGUGCAGUUAGCCUCCACUGAUCCCUAAAAAAUCUAAUACAAAGAAUCCAUCAUGGAAAUAUGAAUAGAAUCUCCCGUCCGUCAGCGGAUGGGUGAGGGGCUUAUUCCAUGAAUGAACGGGAUGGUUUCAUGCAUGCAAGUUAGAGACUAGACACACAGACACACCCUUCCCCCCACUCGUGUGCAGAAAAAUGUGAACGAGGUAGUGGGAGAUGAAACGGCAUCCCCCCCACUCCAUCCACUCUUCCUCCGUGUAUCCCUCUCCUCACACCGGAGCCUCGUGUGAUUCCACGAUUAGACCGCCCACGCACAUCAUGCACAUGCUCUCCAUGCUUGCACAUACAACACACACACACACUUCCCUCCCAUCGUAUACAUACACACACUGCCUCCUGUCACACACAUUACCUGCGUUGAUACUAUUACACGCUCACAUCCAUGCAGGCACACGGGAGGCUGGGAACAUUUCUUCUGCAUCUCUGACGAAUAUAUUAAAACAGUUUUGUUCAUCUCUAAUGACUCCUGAAAGUGUCUUUGAGGAAGAGUGAGACCUCUCUGGACCAUUGAAACAUUAAUGUAUAAAUAGCUCAGUUGAGGAAACGCUCAUUUAAGCCCAUUCAGAAUGUUUUUCAUAGCUGAUCACCAGCACUGAUUUGAUUUGAAGCAUUCAUAAAUCAACAUCCAACAGCCUGCUUUGAGCGAGGCCAAAAUAUUUAUUUGUCUUAUGUUUACAAUCAUGAUAGUGGUACUCACAUCUUUGUGGUACAGUGUUUACUGUUCUUAUUUUUAACCCCAUGAAUGAACCCCCCCCCCCCUCUCCAUCCAUUCAAAGCUUUUCCUUCAUAUCUUCUUCAAACUUGGUGCACAUGGUGUGUCUCACAACCUCAGCCCUGCCCACUUUGUGUGACUCCUCGCCUAUGAGGGCCUCUCGUGUCUCCCAUCCUCUGCUGCAGCAGGAGCCUGAUUGGCUGCUAUUCUUAGGCAUUUUCAGAAGGAGGCGGGGAUUAGAGUACCUCGUUCUCCCUCUGUUUACACACACAGGGGGAGCGGGCAGUAACUGAGUGAAUGAGGGAGAGUGAGAGGAAGCGAGGGAGUGUGGCUUCUUUGCCUUGCAUCCUCGCAUCCCACAGCAUUCCCACAGCAUUCCCACAGCUAUGCUUCCACACUCUUGUUCUUCCACGGAUCUCUGAACAGCUUUUUUUUUUUAUUUCCAUCUGUUCAGCUCGUAGCAAUCAAAGCUUCCACAGCACUAACCAGUGGACUGUCUGCUCAGUUUGGAUUUUGCUCAGGCAAGCAAUACAGGAGCACAAAGUGUCCCCGCUGUCUGUCGAGCAGGCAGGACGACCAGAAAGCUUAGCUCUCUCACUCAGUUUUAUUUUUGCUUGACUUUGUGCUGAAAUGCCAGACGAGAGUUAUUUCAUGUCUGCGUCGUGGAUCUUCAUUCAGUUCAAGAGGAUGCUGAACCGAGAGCUCACCCAGCUGUCAGAAACCAGCCGUUCGGGGAACCAGGUGUCUGAGUUCAUCUCCAGCACCUUCCUAGAGAAGCAACAUGACAUGGACAUCAUGUCUCCCCCCGCCAAGGAGAAGGACAAGAAGAAGCGGCCCAUGUCCCAGAUCAGCGGUGUGAAGAAGGCCACCCACAGCCUCGCCCCCUCCACCAUCCCUCGCUUUGGGGUCAACGCCAGCCAGGAAGGACUCCUAGCCAAGGAGUUGGAGGACAUAAACAGAUGGGGUAUUGACGUCUUCAAGGUCUCUCAGUAUUCUGGAAAUCGCCCUCUGACGGUCACCAUGUACACCAUCUUCCAGGAGCGUGACCUGCUGAAGUCCUUUAAGAUCCCAGCGGACACUUUCAUUACCUUCGUGAUGACUUUGGAGGAUCAUUACCAUGCCGACGUGGCCUACCACAACAACAUCCAUGCUGCAGACGUGGUCCAGUCCACACACGUCUUACUGUCCACGCCUGCUCUGGAGGCUGUGUUUACUGAUCUGGAGAUUCUCGCUGCUCUGUUUGCAAGCGCCAUCCAUGAUGUUGAUCACCCCGGAGUUUCCAAUCAGUUUCUCAUCAACACCAAUUCAGAACUGGCCCUGAUGUACAACGACUCAUCGGUGCUGGAGAAUCACCACCUGGCUGUUGGCUUUAAGCUUCUGCAGGAAGAUAACUGUGACAUCUUUCAGAAUCUCAGCAAAAAGCAGAGACCUUCGCUGCGCAAAAUGGUCAUUGAUAUGGUGUUGGCCACAGAUAUGUCUAAACACAUGAACCUUCUGGCAGACCUGAAAACCAUGGUGGAGACCAAGAAAGUCACCAGUCUAGGAGUCCUGCUGCUGGAUAAUUACUCAGACCGCAUACAGGUCCUUCAGAACAUGGUGCACUGUGCAGAUCUGAGCAACCCCACUAAGCCUCUGGAGGUGUACCGGCAGUGGACAGACCGCAUCAUGGUGGAGUUCUUCACCCAGGGGGACAGGGAGAGAGACAAGGGCAUGGAAAUCAGCCCCAUGUGUGACAAACACAACGCCUCAAUAGAGAAGAACCAGGUGGGUUUCAUUGACUACAUUGUUCAUCCUCUGUGGGAGACGUGGGCCGACCUUGUCCACCCAGAUGCUCAGGAGAUCCUGGACACACUGGAGGACAACAGAGAGUGGUACCAGAGCAUGAUCCCCCACAGCCCCUCACCCCACCCAGAGUUCCAGGAGGAGGGAGCCCUUGCCGGGGAAACCUCGGCGCUCAGCGGAGGCUCCAUUGCGGCCGACAAGUUCCAGUUCGAGCUGACCUUGGAAGAAGAGGGAGAGUCCGAUACGGAGAGUCCAACUGAGGAAGAGGAGGGCUACAGCGGCAGCAGGGGGCCUGAACUCUCCAGAACUGAUUCUGGCAGCGGAUUUGAUGCGGUGUCUGCUACGACUCGUCUGCUCACCAAAAAGCUCACUACUGACUCAGUCAGGACGUUUUCUUUAGACUCUGAUAAAGAAAUGUCAGAAGACAGAGAAACAGACCAGGAAGGCGUCUCUGGAGUACGCUUCAGACUUGGCACAUAGCACCAGUCAAGAGUUGUGUUUCUUUUGGCCUUUUGUUUAUUUUUCUUGAUUUCGGUGCCUCCUCUGUCACUCCCCUUCUCCCACUCCAACCAAACACCACCGACUCUGGUUUUUGCGGACAGGGUGACAGCGAGCCUCAGGGUGGGGAGCACGGGAGUGCGACUGGGUGUUAAGAAAGUCUGCAGUUUUUACACAGCAGUCACUUGCACUGGAGAGAGACAGAAAGACGGAGUCACUGUUCUAAUAGAGGACAGGAAACCAAGUUUCUGACCGGUCCUUUGUGUUCUGUGUCUCUCAGUCAGACAUACUGUGGAUGAAGUUCUACAGAGACAAUGAGAAGUUUAAAAAAACGUCCUUUUUACCAGCCAACCCAAGGUCUACUACAACAAAUGACGGAACCGUCUUCCUCUUUUGUGAAAAAAGUGAGGAAGUGAUGAAUGAGCGUGAAAACACGACAACGUCUCGUAAGACAUCUUGCCAAACUUGCAAUUUACAGGGACAAUGCUGUUUUGCCUGCAUUUUUUUAGUUUGUUUGUUUAUUCUGUUGUCUUUUAUUUAGGUCCACAUGCAGUGAAAUAAGGUAAAUGAAGAUACAGUAAAUAGCAGACUUCAAAGCAGUGUAAGCUAAGUAACGGCA